AUGGCGUCGCCGAAACCAAAACACAUAUGUUCACUGGAAAAAGGUAUACACCGCUACCAUGGUCGAACCGGAUCGCAAACACCGUGGAAAAAUGGUAUUGGGUUUCAUAAUAGUAUUGAUCCUGAUUCAACUUCUCAAAUAUUAAAUGAAAAUCAAAUUUUUGAGUUACUUAAUGAAGAUAUUGAAAACAUUGAUGUACAGUUUGAGCAGUCUGAACGAAUAAUAAAUUAUGUUGAAUUACAAGAGAUCGGUGAUACUUCAAUUUUUACUAAUAUCCGCUGUGUUGCACACACACUCCAAUUGGCUGUAUUGGAUAGUUUAAAAGAUAAUACAAUUCAGAAAUUGUUAAAUAAAGUUAGAGCUUUGGUUCGGAAGUUACGCAAUCAAAAUUACGUGUAUUUAAUCAAAAAGGAAAAAUUAAAAACACCUAUAUUAGACUGUUUGACGCGUUGGAGUUCUACUUAUGAUAUGCUGGAAAGGUUGCAAUAUUUGAAAGAUUUUAUUCAAAAUAUGUCAGUUAAUGACAAAACGUUAAAAAAAAAGUCGCCCUAAGUUACCAUCUUCGAUCUAAGAUCAUCUAAGAUCUACAUCUUCUGAUUUUGGCAGUUUAUCAAAUUCUCAAACUGAAACUAUCAGAACAAAAAUUGAGACACUUUUAAAAUCAUUUAGUAUUGAAGAAAAAAGAUUAUGCCAUAAAAUAAAUAUUCUUCAAUUUUGGAAAUCUAAAAAAAUUAGUAUAUCCAGAACUUUUUGAGCUAUCUAAUAUAGUAUUCAGUGUUCCAGCUACUCAAGUUAGUGUAGAAAGACUAUUUUCAGGUUUGAAAUUUGUGUUAUCGCCGUAUAGGUGUAACAUUUCUGCUACCUAACCUAACCUAACCAAUUCGGCUCAACUUAUUAAAAUAUCUUUUUCAAACGGUAACCAUUGCAUUCGACCGAAAUUGAACCAAUUCAGUUACUCUCCUUAGAAUUAUAAUCAUAUUUUGGCAUUUCAUUUUACAAUGACGCCUUUGAUAUCUCCAACUCCCAACAAAACUGUUAUACCAAAAGAAAGUUACAUUACUUACGAGUAUUGUAUACUCAUCCACAAAAAACACACGUCAUCAAAGUAAAAUAAAUACAAUCAUUGCUGCGCUUAGAAUUUAAAAUUAUUUCAACUUGUAAAUAUUAUCGGAUAAAAAAUCAAAACCAAAUUGAUGAUCGUUACUGUAAUAAUUAUAAAAUCAUUAAAUACUGGUACUAAGGAAAAACAAAAUUAUAAUGAU